AAGUACGACAGCUUCAACAUUUACAGUCGUGUCUUCUUCGGACUCUAAGCGGCGAUGUUCUUCCAAGUUAAGAACUUGUCGGAUUUUGUAGCUUUACAUCAGAAAUAAACUAUCGGGCAUUGAGAAUCUUCGAUAAAAGUUAAGAACUUUGGUCUGUAGAAUCACAGAACAGACAGGUUUCUCUGUUCUUCCUUCGGUGGUUUUUAGGUUGUCGAAAUGAGAGGAAUCUUUCUCAUUAGAUCAAGACUGUCACUUCUUAGAGCUCCUGCUUCACGAUCUAUUACUACUUUUCAUUAUUCGAGCGAUAAGUCUAUUGUUCGACCAUGUUUGUUGGAUCCUCCUUCAGCUUGUACCCUUCCUUUGUCUCUCUCUUCUUCCUUCUCCACUUCCAGAUUCGACUCAGAGCUAGCGGGAUCGAACCACAGCAAUGAUAGCAAUGAUAACGACGAUGAUGAAGAUGAGGAAGAAGAGAUUGGCUGUUCUACAAAACACAACGAGUCUGUUGUUUCGGAGGAUGUUCGAACCAUCUCGAAGCUGUUGAAAGAGUGUGGGAGCAACAGGAAGAAACUGAGAGAGAAGCUCGAGGAGUGCGGCGUGAAUCCGUCGAACGAACUAGUGGUGGAGAUCCUUUCUCUAUCCCGCAACGACUGGGAAACCGCAUUCACUUUCUUCCUUUGGUCAGGGAAGCACCGAGGAGGCUACGUCCGCUCGGUUCGCGAGUACCACUCUAUGAUCUCCAUCCUCGGCAAGAUGAGGAAGUUCGACACGGCUUGGACGUUGAUCGAAGAGAUGAAAAAAAAGUUUAGACCUUCUCUUGUGAGCUCGCAGACGCUCCUGAUCAUGAUCAGGAAGUACUGCGCGGUGCGCGACGUCGGGAGAGCGAUCAACACGUUCCACGCCUACAAAAGGUUCGAACUUCCCAUGGGGAUCGACGAGUUCCAGAGCCUCCUCUCUGCUCUCUGUAGGUACAAGAACGUUCAAGACGCCGAGCAUUUGAUCUACUGUAACAAGGACACGUACCCGUUCGACGCCAAAAGCUUCAACAUUGUUCUGAACGGGUGGUGUAAUGUGAUCGGUAGCCCGAGGCAGGCGGAGAGAGUGUGGAUGGAGAUGGGGAACGUCGGUGUGGAGCACGACGUCGUGUCGUAUUCUUGCAUGAUGUCUUGCUACUCGAAAGGAGGGAACUUGAGUAAGGUUUUAAGGCUUUUCGACCGGAUGAAGAGAGAGGGUGUGGAGGCUGAUAGGAAAGUGUACAACGCGGUGGUGCACGCGCUGGCGAAAGGUGGGUUUGUCUCCGAGGCGGUGAAGUUGAUGAAGACGAUGGAGGAGGAGAAAGGGAUGGAGUUGAACGUUGUGAGUUACAACUCUCUUAUAAAACCUCUGUGCAAGGCUAAAAAGACGGAAGAGGCUAAGAGGGUUUUUGAGGAGAUGAUUGAGAGAGGAGUCUUGCCGACGAUACGGACGUACCAUGCGUUUAUGAGGAUACUGAGAACAGGGGAUGAGGUUUUUGAGCUGUUGGAUAAAAUGACGAAGAUGGGUUGCGAGCCGACCGUUGAUACGUUUAUAAUGUUGAUCCGGAAGUUUUGUAGGUGGCGUGAUUUCGAUAACGUGGCGCUGUUGUGGGAGGAGAUGAAGGAAAGAGGUGUUGGUCCGGAUCUUAGUUCGUAUGUUGUGAUGAUACAUGGGUUGUUCUUGAAUGGUAAGGUGGAUGAAGCGCAUGGGUACUAUAAGGAGAUGAAGGAAAAGGGUUUCAGACCGAAUGAGAAGGCUGAAGAGUUGAUUCAGAGCUGGUUUGAAGGAAAACAAUACGCAGAGAAGGGGAUGGUCGAUUUGAAAGGUAAUGUGUCUGGUGUGGAUAAAGAAGGUGUUGUGAAGAAAACUGAAAGAGGGAACUUUCUGCAGGAGCCUGAGGUGAGACGUGUAGUGAGAGGACAUGGAUACUCGUUUUGGGAUGAAUAAAAAGCUAGAGAGAGAGAGAGAGAGAGGGAGAUUAGCUAGUUAUGGUUAGGUUUGAUCAUAUCAUGUUAACUUUUGCUUUGAGAAGACAAAACAGAAACAAUGAAAAUCAUUUUAUAUAAAAUCCUUUGAACCUUUC